UUCUGGCAGGAGAGAAGAGGGAGGGAACUGGGGUUGUUGCAAGCAGCGAAUCUGCCCAGGAAUUUUAACCCAAUCUGGGACUUACUACUCUCGACCUCGAUGUCUUGGCACAGUGGAGUGAUAAGUGCGUAGCUCUGGAAGGCAUGCCCCAAACGUUGAGCUCUACCAGCAUGUUUACUCCCUGUGGCUUCAGUCCUCAUCAUCUCCAUCCAUCCAAAGAAGAUGAUGAAGGAGGGCUGAUCUUUCAAGAUGGGAACCUUACUUCAGCAUCUCUUGAUGCUUUAAUCCAACAUCUUAUACCUACAGCUGACUACUACCCUGAGAAGGCCUAUAUCUUUACAUUCCUGCUGAGCUCAAGACUCUUCAUUGAGCCUCAUGAACUUCUGUCCAGAGUUUGUCACAAGUGCAUCGAGCAGCAACAACUGGAUGACCCAGUGUUGGAUAAGGCACGGAUCAGAAAAUUUGGGCCCAAAAUUCUACAGUUAUUGACAGAAUGGACAGAAACAUUUCCAUAUGAUUUCCAGGAAGAAAAGAUGAUUGGUUGUUUGAAAGACAUUAUCCACAGGAUAGCUCCAUGUGAUGAGGCCUAUUGGAAAAAGAUGAAUCAACUUCUGCAAACUCUGAAUCAGAAACUGGCGACUCUUAACCACGGCCAGGAAGGGAUAGUCAAGAUCAAUGCCACUGUCUCAGACAAGGUGGUUGCUUUUAAAAGUAAACCUCCAUCCAUUCAAAGAGAAAUGUUGAGUGUCUGCAGUGAUCCCUAUACUUUGGCCCAACAGCUAACACAUGUUGAAUUGGAAAGGCUGAGUCACAUUGGCCCUGAAGAAUUUGUUCAGGCAUUUGUCCAUAAAGAUCCUUUGGAAAGCACAAAGCCUUGCUUCAGUGAACAGAAGAAGACUAGUAACCUUGAGGCCUAUGUAAAAUGGUUCAAUAGACUCUGCUAUCUUGUAGCAACGGAAAUUUGCAUGCCUGCAAAAAAGAAGCAGAGAGCACAAGUCAUAGAGUUUUUCAUCGAUGUUGCUCGCGAGUGCUUUAACAUUGGGAAUUUUAACUCGCUGAUGGCAAUCAUAUCUGGUAUGAAUAUGAGUCCAGUAUCCAGGUUAAAGAAGACCUGGUCAAAAGUGAAAACAGCCAAAUUUUUUAUUCUUGAGCAUCAAAUGGACCCUACCGGUAAUUUUUAUAACUACAGAACUGCAUUAAGGGGAGCUGCCCACCGAUCCCUAACAGCACACAGUAACAGGGAAAAGAUUGUGAUUCCCUUCUUCAGCCUACUGAUCAAAGAUAUUUACUUUUUAAAUGAAGGAUGUGCUAACCGUCUUCCAAAUGGACAUGUCAACUUUGAAAAAUUCCUGGAACUAGCUAAACAAGUAGGAGAAUUUAUAACAUGGAAACAAGUAGAAUGUCCAUUUGAACGUGAUGAUAACAUCAUUCACUAUUUACAUACUGCACCCAUCUUUACUGAAGACGGUUUGUAUUUGGCUUCUUAUGAAAGUGAAAGUCCAGAAAACCAAACAGAAAAAGAGAGGUGGAAAACCUUGAGGUCAACUAUCUUAGGAAAGACUUGAAGAUAAAGGUCUACAACUGCAAUAGGACAGAAUAGAUCAGCAAAACUACUUUGCACUAUUGGUUCCAAAGAUGCCUAUUUGGGAUUUAGAUUUUAUUCUUUAUUUUUGUGUGCAUUUUUGGACUCUUUAACGUGGUCAACGGAAUUCAUCUGCUAGACUCAACAGAGGCGUGAUUUUACUGCACGCACAGUGAUGAUUUCUAGCUACUCUCUACAGCGAAAGCCCAAUAGGUGACUUGUUUAUGGCUGUACCAGAACUAAGUCCUUAUCACUGUAUCACUUGUCUCUCUGAAGGACGAGCAAAAGACAAGGAGAGCCAAGGUGCUGCAAACACAAAACAGUCGCCACUGGAAAGGUACAGGGUGUGCAUCUCAGAAGCAGGGUAUAUUGGAUAGUAACUCUCUGAGGGCUGUCGAAACUAAAUUCUGACCGACAGAGCAUUAAUCUACUUACAUGCUACAGAAGAAAGAACCUUGUUUUCCCUCCACAGUCUUCAGCCUCAGUGAACAAUAUUCUGACAGCAGGAGAUAAAAGACUAACACAAGACCACAUCGAUAUGGAAAACCCAUGCAAAGCCUGCCCAAUUUUGUUUAAAACACUGAAGCAUUGAAGCUGCAAACAUUCGUUAUUUCUCUUUCCUUUUGGGUGUGAAUCAUAUUUCACCCCCUAAGAAUAUAGUCCUCCUAAGCUGUUCUGAUGAAGUGAAAG